AUGUCGGAGCUGGCGCGGGAGGAGCUGUCGGCGCUCGCCGCCAUCUACUGCGAGCCGGGCGCCUGCGAGCUGCUGGCGGCCUCAGAGACGCAUGGAAUUUCAUUUAGAAUUCAAAUCAGUGUGAAAGAACUGCUGGAUACAGAUGUACUUUUAAAGCUGUUAUUUCAUUUACCAGUCAGUUACCCAUCAACUCUACCGGAUAUUUCUGUUACCUCAGACCAGCUUACAAGGGCCCAGUGUAUGGAUGUGAAAGAGAAAUUACUUGAACAAGCAAAGCAGCAUCUUUCUGAACCCAUGGUACACGAUCUGAUUCUUUGGGUACAGCAGCAUCUUAAAGAUGUCAUUAAGCAAUCAGCAACAGUUUGCAAUGAAAAAACUACUUUGUCAAAAGAAACAGAAGAUGGUAUCUGGAUGCUCCUUUUGCAUUUAGAUCACAUGAGAGCAAAGGCAAAAUAUGUGAAAACUGUGGAAAAAUGGGCUUCACAUCUAAGGCUGACUGGAAGACUGAUGUUCAUGGGCAAGAUAAUAUUGAUUCUUCUUCAGGGUGACAGGAGCAGCAUUAAGGAGUACUUGAUUCUUCAGAAAACUUCUAAGGUAGAUGUGGACUCAAGUGGAAAGAAAUGCAAAGAGAAAAUGAUGAGAGUACUGUGUGAGACAGAAGUAGAGUCACAGCAUAAAAGGUUCCAGACGUUUGAAGUCAAAGAAUAUUCAGCACCAGAGGAGCUACAAAAGGAAUUUGAAACUGCAGGACUUACAGCUCUUUUCUCUGAGUUUGUGCCUCCUCUCUUAAAAUAAAACUAAAAGCAACCACUGGACCUUUGACCAAAGCAGUAGUUGACUGCAGAUUCUGAUGAAUGAUAAAAGGACUAAUGUGGCAAAACAAUGUUGAAGCUUUUCUACAAAAAAUACCAGUAGCAGUCAUCCUUUUGCAAGAAGAAAGCAAUUAAUACAUCAAGAACUGAUAAUUUUUUGACAGUUAUGUAUUAAUAACUUUUUCCGAACAAUGUAAUGUUGCUUGUGAUAAUUGCAUGGUAAGCAUGGGACUGAGAGGAAGUAAUGUUAAAAAAAUAGUCUUCUAGCCAGACUCUGUUUUAUAGUCCCUGUUUUUUGAUGUCUUAUUUCUUUCACUCUCAUGGUAGAAUUUGUCGUUAAUGGCAUGUUAGAGAGCAUGAUUAAUUUUGCUUUGGAAGACUGAAAAUACUUCCAUAAAAAAACAUAGUGGACACACAUAUGAAUAUGUGAGGACAGCAUAUACUUAAUAUCCCUUAGGAGUUAAUCUGCUAAUUUUUUGUUCUCCCUGUAAUUGACUAUAAAUGCUAGAUGGUUGAUUUGAAGAAAAAGCUCAUGUCACUUGGGGCCUGAAAAAACUUUGAAGUGUCUUUUUGAAUAUUAGUUUUUAUUUGAAAAUUUAUGAAAACUCUCAUGUGAAGGAUUUAAAUUGAUGAAAAGCUGAGAUAAAGCCAAUUGUAAUAUUUUCUUUGAUAGUUUACAGAUAUCUUCUUGCACUUUAUCUGGUUUUACUGUCUGUGCGGCUUUAGAUUAAUCUUGAUUCAAUUAAACUGUUGGAGCAGUAUAUACAAACUUCAGUCUUCCAUCUUUCAAGGCUUCUGUCAAGUUGUUUCUGUUAGUUUAUUUGUUUUGGUGUUUCUGGAUUGGUCACUGGUGUUGGCCAGCCUGUAGGUUUUUUUUAAACAGUAGUCUGUGUUUUACAUCUGUAUAGUGUUACAAAUUAUAUGCAUAAUUUUGUGAAUUGUGCAAGUUGUGCAAGUUCUGUUUACUUAGGGAGGACUGGAUACUUAUUUUUUACAAUUAUUAAUAUCUGUCCUUUGGUUUCUAUUUUACCUGAAACCAUUCUCUAACAAGACUAGAUAAAUUAUCCAGUAAUAAAAAUUUUACAAUCAUGAAUUUCUUAGUAACUAGCACUGCCAUUUGCCAUUUCAGUUUGCUUUAGCAUGCAGCUAAACAUGUGCUUUACUGCUCUCUAAAAUUUAGUUGCAGAAGCAAAAUGUGUCAUGUAUUCUGUAAUUAAACAGAUUUGAUCAAUUCAGUAUAAACUAAUUUAUUUCCAUUGUACUGGGUGAAGACUAGUACAAUUUGUUGAGCUCUGAAAGUGUGGUUUAGCAAAUCAUUAUGUAAGAUCUGAUUUCCUGUUUCAUGCUCAGACUAUGAGAUCAUACCUCUUUCUUUAUAUGUUCUAGAAAAGCAACUAAAUCAGGCUGGAAGAUUUUUAUAUUUUACUGUUUGAGAUAUCAGCUGCAUAAAGGGUUGUAAAUUGUUUGAAAGUUUCUGAAGUUUUUGAGGAUUUUGGUAAUUUUCCUAAUAUAGAAUGUCUCAAAUAUAUAUGGUGCAUGUUAUUUUAUGCACUGAUGCUAAUUUAAUUAGAUAGUAGCAAAGUUCUUCUUAAUGAGUGUUUUAUGUUUACCACAUACAGUACUUCAGGCUCAGUAGAAGAGUCUGGGUUGAAUGGGUUUUGCAAAUCUGUUCUAUAUUAUUUUGAAAUGGCUUCCUGAGAGACAGGAACUCUAAUUUUCUAUCAUUUUAAGUGCAUGUGAAGAUGAAUUCUUACUUUUACAAAGAAGAAUAAAAGAGAAGUAUCUUUAAAAUAUUAAAAUAACAUGUAUUUUAAAUUACAGUUUCCAGAAUCAAGCUGUUCUGAAGUAAAAUAUCUGUUGAAAAAUUGUGUGUGAGUGCAGUAUAAAGUUUUGAAAAGCUGCAGAGGGUUUCUCCUUAUACUGUAUGACAGAUCUGACAAGUAUCAAAUUCAAGAAAAGGCCUAUACUUGUACAGCAUAAGAAAACAUAAUCUGUAUCUCUCUACAAAACUGAUUGUUAUAAGAUUUUGCCAGAUGCAUUGUAAAUCUGCUGAUUUUAGGAAUCAGGUUGAAUGGCAUACUAAUUCGUGUGAUCUCAAAAUGCUUGUGACUUCAAAAAUAAUUGAGGUGCAAGUUGUUGUGGUCAUCUUUCUUGCAAGGUGCUGAAGUUUUCUUCCCUACUAGAAAAGGCAUUUGUGGUGUCAGUGCUGCUAGUUGCACUUGGAUAUAAACCCAUGUAUUUUUUUGGGUUUUAUUGCCUGAUGCCUUCUUGGUCAACUGUUUGGCCAGGCCUGGCAAUCUGCAACAGGCAAUUAAAAAGAAAAAGUGACAAUUGGGUAAGUUGCAGCUCUCUCCUGUGCUCAUCUUCCUGCCAGGUGAAGUUGUUGUAAGAAGCUGGAUGAUUUCUGUGUUUCAGGAGAUGGAAAAUGCCAUUUAUACAAUGGAUUUUUACCAUAGUUGAAUUUGUUAUUCACUAGCUCACACUGGACAAAUCCAUAAGUUCACUGUAGGAAAGGACUACAGUUUAUAGCUUGGUUUGAUGUGUUUCAGGAGAAUUGCAAAUCUGAUCAGCUUGCUACAGUUCAGACAGCAGCGAACAUGAAAACUGAUGUCAGUCUGAUUCUGUUAAAGCAAUGGCACUUAUUUUGAAGGGUAGGAGGAUAUUUUCUGUUCAGACAAGUAAACAGUAUUUUAAAAGGCUGUUCUUUUGGAAGGAUGUUGCAGCUGUCUGUUAACUGAGGGUUUGUUUGCAUUCAUUGUAAAAAGAGAUGAGCUAGCCUGUGAUCCUCUGGGGCACUAAAGUCAUCAGAAUGGG